UUCAGAUUUAUACGAUAUCAUUACUAAAUUAGCAGAUAAAAAAGGUAAAAAGACAGAAGUGAUUAUUUAUCUAAGUAAACAAAAGUUUUUAAAUGAUAUUGAGAAAUUAAAAGAACAAAGAUCUUAUAAUUUAUGGAAGACAUGA